GGUGUCUACUGGGCCCAGAAAAGAAAAGAGCAUUGUGUUACUGUCGCCAGUUGUACUGUUACAGCACUUACAAUGCACAAUCCGUGGCUUCUUAUUCCAUAAAUUAAAAACUGCUGAGUAAAAAUGUAAUAUUUCAUUAAGGUGCAAUGUGUAAAAUUGACAGAAAUGCAAUAUAAUAUACAUAACUAUGUUUUGAGUGAUGUAUAAAGACCUUACAUAAUGAACCGUUAUAUUUUUAUUACUUUAGAAUGAGCCAUUUCUGUCUGCAUACACCGCGGGUCCCCUUACAUGUUAAGUCGCCAUUUUGCGCUGGCAUGUUUCUACAGCAGCCCUAAAUGGACAAACUGCUCUACAGAGCGCGUUUUGUCACUAUGUUGUUCUUCUUCUAAAUCGUUCAUGUUUUUAGAGGCAGCUUGCAUUGUCACUACAUUGAAUACAACAAAAAUACACUUUAAUUUUAAUAAUAAUAUAGUACAAUUAAUCAUGAAAAAAAUCAAGUCGCACAUGAGCUCAUCGAGCUUCGGAGCUUUACGAAUCGAAUCAGUGACUCGGAUCUCCUAUCAAACGGCUAAACUGCUGAAAUCACGUGACUCUGGCGCUCCGAGUCACUGAUUCGAUUCGCAAAGCUCCGAAGCAGUGUUUUGAAACCGGCCAUCACUAUAUUGUUGAAAAGUCGUUAUUUUGUUUUUUUGGCGCACAAAAAUAUUCUCGUCGCUUUAUAAUAUUAAGGUAGAACCACUGAACUCGCAUGAACUGUUUUAAAUAUGUUUUUAGUACCUUUAUGGAUCUUGAGAGGGGAAACGUCAUUGCUGUGAAUGCAGGCCUCACUGAGCCAUCGGAUUUAAUCAAAAUAUCUUAAUUUGUGUUCUGAAGAUGAAUGAAGGCCUUACGGGUGUGGAACGACAUGAGGUAUCGUGCCGGGUGAUGAGUUUAAAAAGAAGUUUAAGAAGAACCAUGACAUUACAUUCUACAGGCGACAGAGAGAUAAAGCAGUGUCUCAGUACUUUGGCUCCUUCGAGACUUUAGUACUCACAGAUAGAGGAGCCAGUCUGGAGCUCUGGCAGCGGGACUCUCAGGAUCGGCUGAGUCUUCAAAUACGGGCAACCCAAAAUGGAACGGUCAGAGUUUCUAUUGAUGAGCUUCAGCCUGUGAAACCACGCUACCAUGUUUCUGACGUUCUGGUUGGAGAGAUGAGAUAUGAGCCGCUGAGAGUUCAUUGGAAGAGAGAGGACAGUGUAUGUCUAACUUGGGGUCUGGGGCAGUACCAGCUGCUGGUUUCCUUUUCACCUUUCAAACUAGAGAUUUCCUGUGAUGGGGAGGAGAUUGUCACACUCAACCCAGAAAACAAACUCUACUUUGAGACUCUGCAAGAUCCAACUAGGAUGUCUUCAAAUUCAUGUCAGGGAGAUGAAAAUCGAUGCGGCCUGUGGAAGGAAACUUUCAGACAGUUUGAGGACAUCAAGGCGAACGGUCCUAGUUCGGUGGGUAUGGACUUAAGUCUCCAUGGGUUCAACCAUACGUAUGGUCUUCCUGAACAUGCUGAUACCCUGGUGUUGAAGGACACAAGUGUCUCUGAGGCGUAUCGGCUGUACAACUUGGAUGUGUUUGGCUAUGACAUCAAUAGCAGGUUGGGUCUUUACGGUUCUGUCCCUGUCCUGAUAGCUCACAAGCCAGAGAGGACAGCUGGAGUGUUCUGGCUGAACGCGUCUGAGACUCUGGUUGAUGUCAAGUACAAUUCAGAGCCAAAUGAGGAUGAGGAUGAACCACCAGGGAAGAAAAGCAAGAUCUUACCUCAGACUGAUGUGCGAUGGAUAUCAGAGAGCGGCACAAUCGACUGUUUCAUUUUGCUGGGUCCCACACCUGCCCAAGUGUUCUCUCAGUAUGCUCAACUCACAGGCUAUCAGGCUCUUCCUCCACUCUUCUCUUUGGGCUAUCACCAAUGUCGCUGGAACUACGAGGACGAGGCAGAUGUGAAAGCCGUGGAUGCUGGAUUUGACUCCCACUGUAUUCCGUAUGAUGUCAUAUGGUUGGACAUAGAGCACACAGAUGGGAAGCGCUACUUCACCUGGGACUCCAAGCUUUUUCCAAACCCAGCAGAACUACAGCACCACCUCCAGAAGAAGAACAGGAAGUUGGUUGUUAUUAGUGACCCGCACAUCAAGAUUGAUCCUGAUUGGUCUAUUUACUGUGAAGCUAAAGAAGGCGGCCAUUUUGUGAAGAAUAGAGAAGGCACUGUUUAUGAAGGAACAUGUUGGCCAGGUGAAUCCAGUUAUUUGGACUUCAGUAGCUCAAAGACAAGGUCAUGGUAUGCCAGACAGUUCUCUCUAAGCAAAUAUGAAGGCUCAACAGAAUCUUUGUUUGUGUGGAACGACAUGAAUGAACCUUCUGUCUUUAACGGGCCAGAGCAGACAAUGCCAAAAGAUGCAGUGCACUACGGAGGAUGGGAACAUAGGGAACUACACAACUUAUAUGGCUUUUAUCAGCAUAUGGCUACAUUUGAGGGCUUAUUAACCCGCUCAGGUGGCACAGAAAGACCGUUUAUCCUUACACGUUCCUUCUUUGCUGGGUCUCAAAGAUUAGGUGCCAUAUGGACUGGGGACAAUGUUGCUACUUGGGAGUACUUGAAGAUUUCAAUACCCAUGCUGUUGUCACUGAGUUUGACAGGAAUACAGUUUUGUGGAGCCGAUGUAGGGGGUUUUGUGCAGGAUCCAGACCCCGAGCUUCUGGUCCGCUGGUAUCAAGCAGGGGCUCUUCAGCCAUUUUUCAGGGGACACUCUGCUAAAAUGACCAAGCGGCGUGAGCCCUGGCUGUUUGGGGACGAAGUCACCUCUGCAAUCCGCUCUGCUGUUCAGGACAGAUACUGUCUCCUGCCGUACUGGUACACUCUGUUUCACCAAGCACACACGUCAGCCCUCCCUCCCAUCAGACCUCUUUGGGUAGAGUUUCCCAGUGAUACAAGCACAUUUGCUGUGGAGAAUCAGUACAUGAUUGGCAGUGCUCUCCUUGUGUGCCCUGUGACAGAUCCUGGGGUCACAGAGGUCAGGGUUUUGCUCCCAGGGUCUGAUGAGCUGUGGUACGACACAAACACAGCAGAGGUACACAAGGGUCCCAGAACUCUGAAUCUGCCAGUGACUUUGAACACUGUGCCCGUGUUCCAGCGUGGCGGGACUGUGGUGCCCAGGAGAGCAGGCUGCGGGUCCAGUACAGCAGACUUACAGCAGCAUCCAAUCACUCUCACUGUGGCCCUGGACACUAAGGGCAAUGCUGAUGGAUUUCUUUAUCUGGAUGAUGGCCACUCUUUUAGCUACAGAGAUCAGAUGCAGUUCUGCUUGCGCCGUUUUAGCAUGCAAGCUGGUAGGCUUGUUAGCAGCUGUGCUGAGGAUAAAGCCUUGUUUGUCUCAGAUGACAAAGUGGAAUCAGUGGUCAUUCUUGGUCUGAAUAGUUUGAAAAGAAAACCCAAUCUCAUAUCAGGUGCGGCGAGGACCUCAGUCAUACAUGAAUUCGACGUAAAACGAGGUGUAUUAACUUUAACUGGCUUGGGCCUAGAAAUACACAAAGACUGGGAAAUAAUAAUAUAGUUCAUGGUAUUUUUCAAAUUACCAGGAUUACAUUAUUUUAUUUUAUUUUUUACAAUUUUAAUUUUAUUAUUUUUCAGAUGCUGUUGCAUGCCUUAAAAUGAGCCACAGCAGCUUAUAAUUGCAAUAAAACAUAAUUUGGUUAAAGAAAUCAGCAAAUUAAUAAUGCAAUUUAAUAUUAAAGAUUCCCUCCAUAAUGAUUGUCUACCUCAAGAAAUUCAAUAAUGUGAUAUGAUUUUAGAGGUUGGGUUGUUGGGGUCAGUAAGAAAGAAAUUAUUUUUAUUCAGUAAGGAUCCAUUGAAUCGAUCAAUAGUGACAGUAAAGACACUUAUAAUGUUACAAAAGAUUUUUAUUUCACAUAAAUCUUGUUCUUUAGAACUUUCUAUUCAAAGAAUCCUGACAAAAUGUAUCAUGUUUUCCAAACACACACAAAAGUGAUAUUAAUAAAAGAAAUGAGUAAAAAAUCCA